AUGUCUGUAAGACUCGCACAAACCGCUAGACAACGCGCUAUGGGUCUUUUGCGCGCAGUACAGUCGCAUCCCUCGGCUUGUCCGUGUCAUGUGUGCACCAGUGGUGCUACCAGCGCAGGAUCGCUUUCCACAUUAUUUAAGGCUGUGGACCACACAACAAAUCGUCAUGGUGGACGGGCAAUGAGUGCGGCCCGUGCUAGUGAUAUCCCUCAGAAAGAGUAUGCAUUUGAAAUGGCAGCUAGUAACAUUCGGUAUGGACCUGGAGUGACUCAGGAAAUAGGAAUGGAUUUCAAGAACCUGGGGAUUGACAGAGUAGCAUUAUUUACGGAUAAGAAUUUGCUUAAUCUGAGUCCAGUACGAGUUGCUGUUGAGGCUUUGGAGUCUCAAGGGAUCAAGUAUGACAUUUAUUCAGAUGUUAUUGUUGAACCUAAGGAUUAUGGAGUGCGAGAUGCAAUUGAAUGGGCACGAAGGGUCCAACCCAAGGCUUACUUGGCAGUUGGUGGUGGAUCAGUCAUUGACACGGCAAAAAUUGCCAAUUUAUUUCAAAACUACCCUGAGGCAGACCUCAUGGACUUUGUGAAUGCUCCAUUGGGUAAGGGCCGGCCAGUAGAUAAACCAUUAAGUCCAUUGAUUGCAGUUCCAACUACAGCAGGCACAGGGUCUGAAACCACAGGCACAGCUAUUUUCGAUUUGGUUGAAAAAAAGUCCAAGACUGGCAUUGCUCAUCGUGCACUUAAGCCGUUGUUGGGAAUUGUGGAUCCUCUUAACACAUUGUCGAUGCCGGCACAAGUUAAGGCAUCGUCUGGAUUGGAUGUUUUGUGCCAUUCGUUGGAAUCAUGGACUGCAAUUCCGUACUGCGAGCGUACUCCUAGACCCACCAAUCCCAUUUUGCGUCCAGCGUACCAAGGUGCGAACCCAAUUUCGGACAUUUUCUCACUACAGGCAUUGCGGAUGACUGCGACAUAUCUGCCGCGAGCAUACCGUGAUCCUGAAGAUUAUGAAGCACAGGAGAAUAUGUUGUUGGCAGCGACGUUGGCGGGUGUUGGGUUUGGUAAUGCCGGUGUUCACUUAUGCCACGGACUGUCGUACCCGAUUUCCAGUCAGAAUAAGGGCCACCAGCAUCCAGGGUACGAGAGUGUGGGUCACCCCAUUAUUCCUCAUGGAGUAUCUGUUGCUGUGACAUCACCUGCAGUGUUUAAGUUUACCGGAGCAUCGAAUCCGGAGCGCCAUUUGGCGGCUGCGCAGAUUUUUGGCGCAGACAUUACCAAUGCAAAGAUGGAAAGUGCAGGUGAAAUUUUGAGCGAUGCGCUCAAGGAGUUUCUGUAUGUAAAGCUGGGCGAUCAGCCGCGUGGAAUUUCAGAGUUGGGUUUUGGUGCUGGAGACAUUGAGAGUCUUGUUGACGGGGCAGUUCCUCAGCGUCGGGUGCUGAAUCUUGCUCCAGAUGUGCAUUCUUAUGAUGAUGGGCGGCUACGUGAGAGUCUUGCGGGGAUUUUAGAAGAGUCGUUGAAAUUUUAA